GUUCCGGGUCGAAUCGACAGAACUGUGUUGUUUUGUCGAUAGUGGUUGUGUCCGUUUCGAAUGUAUCAUUGUAGACCGACUCAGAUUAAGUCUGAGGCCGGUAACAUCAACAGUGAAGACAAACCAAUCCUGUCACUCUCCUUCCACACUGAGUCCAAACCUACAGUCACUGGGUCCUGAUUGUGACAGUGGAGCCCAGUUUGCUCUGCAGGAUCCAGAGAUGGCAUCAGUGAAGCUGGAAGACUGCAGUCAAACACUGGAGCUGAAUGUCAACAUUAAAGAUGAAGAAGAGGAGGAGAAGAUUAGGACAACUGUUAGUCAUGGAUACCAUGUUGAGAAAUCCUCUACACUCAGAGAUCAACAGCAGGAAGAUCACAGAGCUAAGAGGUCUCAUCACUGCCCACAUUGUGAAGAGAUUUUCCCAUUUCUUUCAAAGCUAAAAAUACACCUAAAAAUACACACAGGGGAGAAGCCUUACUCCUGCUCUGACUGUGGGGCGAGUUUCUCUCGACUGGAUACCUUAAAAACACACCAACGUAUACAUACGGGAGAGAAGCCUUACUCCUGUCCUGACUGUGGGGAGAGAUUCUCUCAAAAGACCAACUUAAAAGCACACCAACAAAUACAUACAGGAGAGAAGCCGUACUCCUGCUCUGACUGUGCAAAAAGUUUCUCCCGAUUGGAUAACUUAAAAUCACAUGAACGUAUACAUACAGGAGAGAUGCCAUACUCCUGCUCUGACUGUGGAAAAUUCUUCAAAACAUCAACUGGGCUAACUGUUCAUCAGAAAGCACACACAAUAGAGAAGCCUCACUUCUGCUCUGACUGUGUAAAGUGCUUCAAAACAUCAACUGAGCUAAAAGUUCAUCAGAGAACACAUUCAGGAGAAAAGCCUUACUCCUGUUCUGACUGUUUAAAAUGCUUCAAAACAUCAACGGUGCUAAAACUUCACCAGAGAACACACACAGGAGAGAAGCCUUUCAUCUGCUCUGACUGUGGGGUGAGUUUCUCUCGACUGGAUACCUUAAAAACACACCAACGUAUCCAUACAGGAGAAAAGCCUUACUACUGCCCUGACUGUGGGGAGAGAUUCUCUCAAAAGACCAACUUAAAAGCACACCAACUAAUACAUACAGGAGAGAAGCCUUACUCCUGCUCUGAUUGUGGGAAGAGUUUCUCCCUAUUGGGUACCUUGAAAUCACAUGAACGUAUACAUACAGGAGAGAAGCCUUACUACUGCUCUUUCUGUGGAAAACGUUUCUCCCGAUCGGGGACCUUGAAAUCACAUGAACUCAUACAUACAGGAGAGAAGCCUUACUCCUGCUCUGAAUGUGUAAAAUGCUUCAAAACAUCAACUGAGCUAAAAGUACAUCAGAGAACACACACAGGAGAGAAGCAUUACUCCUGCUCUGAAUGUGUAAAAUGCUUCAAAACAUCAACUGAGCUAAACGUUCACCAGAGAACACACACAGGAGAGAAGCCUUACUUCUGCUCUGACUGUGGGAAGAGUUUCUCUCACCAGAGCAACUUAAAAACACACCAACGUAUACAUUAACUUCAUGUGGGUACCUGGGACGGUUGCGUCCCACCUGGUCAACAUCCGGUGAAAUUGCAGAGUGACCAAUUCAAAUUUAAUUACUAUAAAUAUUUACAUUUCAUGAAAUCACAAGUGUAAUACAUCAACAUAAAUCUUGACUUGUUGUUCAUCUGGCCGCCAUGUCAGUUUUCAAAAAGGCUUUAAGGCGAAAGCAAACCAUGCGAUUAUCUGAGGACGGCGCUCAGCACACAAAACAUUACAUACAGUUACCAGCCAAGUAGACUCGUCACGAAAGUCAGAAAAAUCAUGAUCUUCAUAUGGUUGCACUCACAAGACUCCCAGUUACACAAUAAAUGUUAAUUUUGUUCGAUAAAGUCCCUCUUUAUAUCUUGAAACCUCCAUUUUGUUGGCACAUUUUGUUCUAGAAACAUGUAAAACAAUGUUUAUAAUCAAUCUUCAGGUUGUUUUUAGCCUAAAUAAUCGAUAAUAUUUAAACUGGCAACAGCGUCGUCAAUAUAAAAGAAAAACAAGAAAGGUGCGCUCUGCAGGACCCAGCUCUGGGGACAUCCCACUAUCCACUGACUCAAUGUGGUCAUUCUCCCUCAUUUUUCAGAAUACAAGCCUAAAACAAUGUCGAAAGACUGUUCACAUCUAGUGUUUGCCAUGGAGAACGGAAUCUGGGUCUUAUCCCUUUAAAUGGUGGAUAGGCUUUCAUUGGAAAAACAGCCAUUUCAAAAUAAUGGCACUUCCUGGAUGGAUUUUCCUCACGUUUUUGCCUGCCUUUUCAGUUCUGUUAUACUCACAGACAAUAUUCUUUUCAGUUUUAGAAACUUUGGAGUGUUGUCUUCCCAAUUCUACUAAUUGUAUGCAUUUCCUCGCUUCUGGUCCUGAGUAGCAGGCAGUUUACUUUGGGAACGCUUUUAAUCCGGAGGUGAAAAUAGUGACCCCUACCCUAGUGAGGUUAAGGAGAAAAGCCUCAUCGGUUCUCUGACCAGCUAAGAAUAAAGUCACUCCAUCACUUAAUUCUCAUCUCAUAAAGGAAGUUGUAAUUGGAUCAAAUGAAGAAAGCGUAGAACACUGUAAUCCUAUUGGUUCUCACUGUGAGAGAACUGCAGAGGAAAGGGAGCGUUAUAGAAUGUUAGCCUCUCUUUACUUUACCAAUCAGUGUGCACCCUGUCAGUUUUAGUGUGUUUUGUUGGCUUCUACUGUAAAGAUUUGCACUUGGUGUUGAAUACCCUCUGUUAUUCUUCUCAUUUUGAAAACAAACACUAGUCUGCUAAUUGACUGGGUGGUACUGCUUCCCUCUCAGCCUGGUCUGACUCUGUCUGUAGGGAGAGUUUCAACUGGGCAGCUUAAAAACACACCGACGUUUACACGUAGGAGAGAAGCCUUACUCCUGCUCUGUGGAAGGGUGGGCGGGUAACUCAAACGUCAUGCCAAAGGUUGAGUGUUUGAAUCUCAUCAUGGAGGACUUUAGCAUUUUAGCUAAUUACCAACUUGGCAACUACUUACUACUUUUUAGCUAUUACUUAGCAUGUUAGCUACCCUUUCUCCUAAACCCAUUUAACUAUCUUAAACCCCUCACCCCUAACCUAGCUAACGUCAGCAACAACAAAUUGGAAUUCGGAACAUAUCUUGCAUAUUACAAGUUCGUAACAUGUUGUAUGAAUAGCAAUGCGUAAAAUAACAUACGAAUUGUAAUUCUUAACAUACGAUACAUCCUACAAGUCGUAUUGUACUAAACAACAAUCCAAACGUAACAAUUUCAAACAUUUACUGUUUGUAUAAGGAAAUCAGUCAAUUGAAAUAAAUGAGGCCCUAAUCUAUGUUAGGUUACAUUACAUUGGACCUCCAAUAUAAACUAAACAUGUAAAGUGUUGGUUUCAUGAGCUGAAAUAAAAAGAUCCAGCACAAAAAGCUAAUGUCUCUCAAAUGUUGUUCACAUCUUUGUUUAUAUUUACUGUUCGUGAGCAUUUCAGCCUUUGUCAAGAUAAUCCAUCCACCUGACAGGUGUGGCAUAUCAAGAUGCUGAUAAAACAGCAUGGUCAUUACACAGGUGCACCUUGUGCUGGGGGACAAUAGAAGGCCACACAACACAAUAUCACAGAUGUCUCAAGUUCAGGGAAUGUGCAAUUCUCAUGAUGACUGCAGGAAUGUCCACCAGAGCACUCAAUAUUUAUAUCUCUACCAUUAGCCACCUCUAAUGUCCUUUUAGAGAAUUUGGCAGUACAUCCAACCGGCCUCACAACUGCAGAUCACAUGUAACCACGGCAGCCCAGGACUUCUUCACCUGCAGGAUUGUCCGAGGUGGUGGGGGGAGGGGCAGAGUUGUAUUUCUAUCUGUAAUCAAGACCUUUUGUGGGGAAAAACUCAUUCUGAUUGGCCGGGCCUGGCUCCCAAGUGGGCCUAUGCCCUCCCAAGUCCCACCCAUGGCUGAGCCCCUGCCCAGUCAUGUGAAAUCCAUACUGAAUGGAGUGGCACGGAUGUUUUUGUAAUAUAUAAUACGUUUUGCUCUGAGACCAGGUUGUCCCUCUGCAGUAUUCUGUGGGAAGGAGCAAGUAGACACGUUUUUUAUUGAACCUUUAUUUAACUAGGCAAGUCAGUUAAGAACAAAAUCUUAAUUACAAUGAUGGCCUAGGAACAGUGGGUUAACUGCCUUGUUCAGAGGAAGAACAACAGAUUUUUACCUUGUCAGCUCAGGGAUUCGAUCUUGCAACCUUUUGGUUACUGGCCCAACGCUCUAACCACUAGACUAUCUUCCGCCCCUAACAUGUAUCAGAUAGAGAUGAUCACUUUUCACCAUUAGUUUGGGGGGGAUGUUUUACAACUUUAUUUAAUGAUACACAGUUUAUGAAAUGAAUAUGUGUGUUUAUUAAUUGUCUUUAAAACUAGAUUCGUUAUUUUAGUUACUGAUCAUGAAUGUGUUUGGAUAACUGCAUUGAAGCAAACUUUAUUGAUCUGCCAAUGAAAAAUAAAGUUACAUGAGUCAACCU